AAUUCUACGCCAUUAUUUACCUUAUUGCUAAUUUGAGUGCUCAUAAAGUUCUUAUUUUGCUUUACUGAUACAUUGUUCGUUAUACAAUGUACAAACAUUUUUAAUUUUAUAUGGAUUUUCAAAUGGAGCGCUUUCCAUUAAAAUCAUCAGUUCCUAAUAUGGCUGCUACCUACCAAUCGGUUUAUAAAAAGGGCACGAAUUCAAACAACGGCCGCGGAAUUCUCACGUCUAAUGAAGACGAUAUGGUAGACAUAACGCCAGGGCCGCAUAGAGCGGCUGAAUCUACUCCUACCAAUCACGGAACCUUUCAGCUGUACGAGCAUAGUGGAAGAAACAGCAACGCCAGUGCUACUUCUUACAUCGCCCAAUACUUCAGUUCGUCAGCUGGGGACGCAGUUAUAUUUUCCGGUAUGCAAGGUGAUGCGGAUGACAUUCCUGGAAUUGGUCAAUAUGAUGACUUUCACACAAUUGAUUGGCAAAGAGACAUCGCUAGAGAUCGUAUGCGACAUAGGUAUAUUGUGAAAAAGCGACAAGACUCAAUAUGGGAUCUUAUAAAGGGAGCCCACGAUGCCUGGUCGGGAUGGGUCUGCGUCCUCCUGGUGGGAGUGUGUACAGGAGUGGUAGCUGGUGUCAUAGACAUAGGAGCAUCAUGGAUGACUGAUCUCAAGUUUGGAAUAUGUCCGCAAGCAUUCUGGUUCAAUCGGGAGCAGUGUUGUUGGUCAAAUGACGAAAUCACUUUUGAUCAUGGAAAUUGUUCAGAGUGGAUGACAUGGGCUCAGCUAUUUGGUGAAUCCCGUGAUGGUGCAGGGGCGUAUAUCAUCAGCUAUCUGUUUUAUAUCGUGUGGGCGCUGAUAUUCGCGGCGCUUUCCGCUUCACUCGUGCGAAUGUUUGCGCCUUACGCAUGCGGCUCAGGUAUUCCUGAGAUCAAAACUAUACUGAGCGGUUUCAUUAUCCGUGGUUACCUGGGAAAAUGGACUCUCAUAAUCAAGGUGGUUGGGCUGAUUCUCUCUGUGUCAUCUGGCCUGUCCCUUGGAAAAGAGGGUCCCAUGGUGCACAUUGCAAGUUGCUUGGGUAACAUUCUAUCGUACCUAUUCCCAAAGUACGGUCGUAACGAGGCAAAGAAACGUGAGAUCCUAUCGGCGGCGGCUGCGGCUGGUGUAUCAGUUGCUUUCGGUGCUCCCAUCGGUGGUGUACUUUUCAGCCUCGAAGAGGUGUCAUACUACUUCCCUCUGAAGACGCUAUGGCGUUCUUUCUUCUGUGCUCUGAUAGCUGCUUUCAUACUGCGCUCCAUCAAUCCAUUCGGCAAUGAACAUUCAGUGUUGUUCUUCGUGGAGUACAACAAACCGUGGAUAUUCUUCGAGCUGAUACCGUUUGUGGGCCUUGGUAUUAUUGGGGGUUGCAUUGCGACGAUAUUCAUAAAGGCGAACAUCUACUGGUGCCGCUACAGGAAAUACUCGAAGCUCGGCCAGUACCCCGUCACGGAGGUGCUAGUUGUCACCCUAGUGACAGCUAUCAUCGCUUACCCCAACCCGUACACAAGGAUGAAUACUAGUCAGCUCAUAUACUUGCUGUUCAAUCAAUGCGGAAUCUCCAAUUCCGAUCCUCUAUGUGACUACAACCGCAACUUCACCGGCGUCAACACGGCAAUAGAGAAAGCCGCAGCCGGGCCGGGGGUGUACCGGGCGGUGUGGCUGCUGAUGCUGGCGUUGCUCCUCAAGUUGGUGAUGACCGUGUUCACCUUCGGCAUCAAGGUCCCGUGUGGACUGUUCAUACCCAGUCUCGCGUUAGGCGCCAUCGCUGGACGUAUUGUUGGCAUCGGUGUGGAACAGCUAGCGUACAAUUAUCCAAAGAUAUGGCUGUUUUCCGGAGAAUGUUCUACUGGCGACGACUGUAUAACGCCAGGGUUGUAUGCUAUGGUGGGAGCUGCUGCGGUGUUAGGAGGUGUCACUAGGAUGACAGUUUCCCUCGUGGUGAUAAUGUUCGAGCUAACGGGCGGUGUUCGCUACAUUGUGCCCCUCAUGGCCGCGGCUAUGGCCUCCAAAUGGGUCGGCGACGCCCUAGGGCGCCAGGGCAUAUACGACGCCCAUAUAGCCCUAAACGGGUAUCCCUUCUUGGACAGCAAAGAUGAAUUCCAACAUACAUCCCUAGCGGCCGAUGUUAUGCAGCCCAAACGCAACGAGACGUUGGCUGUCAUCACCCAAGACUCCAUGACAGUUGAUGACGUGGAAAACUUGCUGAAGGAGACCGAACACAACGGAUAUCCGGUGGUGGUGUCCAAGGAGUCGCAGUAUCUAGUCGGAUUCGUACUGCGCAGGGACCUCAAUUUGGCUAUUGCGAACGCUCGCCGCACCAUGGAAGGUGUUAGCGGUUCGUCGGUCGUGAUGUUCGCGGGACCGCAGCCCCCGGCGCCCGGCGCCCCGCCCCUCCACCUCAACCGGAUACUCGACAUGGCACCCAUCACCGUCACAGACCAGACACCCAUGGAGACUGUGGUUGAUAUGUUCCGAAAACUCGGCUUGCGACAGACGCUUGUUACGCAUAACGGGCGUCUGCUUGGUGUUAUUACGAAAAAGGAUGUCCUGAGACACGUCAAGCAAAUGGACAAUGAAGAUCCAAAUUCAGUACUAUUCAACUAGGCGUAGCAGUUUAAAUGUUCGCUACUACGAAUCGCGUUUUAAUGUAUUUUUUAUUUAAUGAUGUAUUAGCAAAUCUAUUUAAGUUCGUUAGAAUAAGCGAUUGUAUAUUGAAGUUUUUAUAUUAUGAAUAUAUUGUAACUUUUUUUUCACACCACAGCAUAAUACCUAUUGGUACUUUAGUACAAUAAUUAUUUUAUUCCACAAUCUAUUUUGUAAUAUUUUUUUUUAUGUAGCGCAAUUUUUUUCCAAUUCGAGUAAUGUAACAUUCCUAAAGAGAUUAAUGUUAAGGGAUGGAGUCGGAUUUAAUGAAAAUAGAUUAAUCAAAUAGUUUCAUCGAAUCGAAAUCGAAUGAAAAAUCUGGUAAAGGAAUUGAACAAUAGACCCGAAAAUAAUUAAGCACCUUUUCACUAAUAAAUGUGGAUAAUUUAAUAUAUUUACUAUCACACACGUCUCACACACAUAUAAAUUGACUAAAUGCACACGAGCUUGUAAGUUUAACAUAAUGUAUUAUAUAUUUAUAAAAGAUAUUGUAAAUAU